AUGCUGAAUCAACAACAACAACAACAACCUCAGGCUCAAGCUCAAGCUAAGGAUCAGGAUCAGGCUAAACCUCCUAAUGGAUCUCGCCAAGAUCCAAAACAGCAACAACUUCCCCCUCCGCGUCAAUCUCCUGGACAUUCAUCAGGUAAUAGAUUGCUUCAACAUGUCAGUCCCCACAAUAGAAUGUUUGAUACAAUACCUUUUACUGAAGAAGAACAUCGAGAGAUUCGAACUAAACUAAACCAAUAUUUACCUAAAGUGUAUGUAAGUAAACGUGCUGGUAGUGGGGGUCAACAAGUUUCGUAUAUCGAAGGCUGGCGAGCAUUGAAUUUGGCGAAUGAGAUAUUUGGAUUCAAUGGUUGGAAUUCGGAGAUAGUCUCGUGUCAAAUUGACUAUUUGGAUACCCAUGGUAAGCAAGGGAGGUUUCUGUUGGGUUUAUCAAUGGUUGUUAGAGUUACUUUACGCGAUGGUACAUUUCACGAAGAUAUAGGGUAUGGAUAUGUGGACAAUUGUUCCAGCAAAGCCAUGGCAUUUGAGAAAUGUAAAAAAGAAGCAUUAACGGAUGGGAUCAAAAGAUGCUUAAGAUGUUUUGGAAAUUUAAUGGGUAAUUGCUUAUAUGAUAAGUCGUUCAUUAAGAAGUUAGAUUCAAUGAAACCAGAAGUCACUACAUAUGACACGGAGGAUAUAUAUGUUGGUCCACAUAAAAUUGAACAGGAAAGGAGAAGAAAUGAAAGGAUUAGGUUGUUACAAGCUGAGGCCGCAAGUAAACAACAAGUUACUCAAGAACAAGAAAUGGGAACAAAUAACAGUGCAGCUAACGCGCAACCACAAGUACAAUCAAACUUGCAGCAACGCGUUGGUGUACAAUCUGCUAAUUUGCAACAACAACAAAAUUCUGCAAGGCAAUCAACCGGUAGUUCAACUAUAUCAGUACAGUCAACCCAUCCCAACCCUCAGAAUCUUUCAAAUGACAACAUGCAGCAACAACAAAGACCACAGCCACAUAUACAACCAACAAAUCAACCAGUGCAGAUUAAUAAGCAACCACCAAGUACCAACCAGCAACUUCAACAACGUAUGGUGCCACCGAACCUUCAACAAACGCGUUCUGUUGUGAAUCAAACUAAUCCAGCUCCUCUGUUAAAUGCAAAUUCAUCAGCUUUCGUCACUCCUAAACUGCCAAAUAAACACGUUGAUUAUGUUCCGACCAGUAAAGAAGCGGAUGAAUUGGAUGAUUCAUUUUUAUUUAGUGAUGAUAUUCCAGAUGGUGGUUCUCAACUUGGGCAUCAUCUGUCUCCCCCGGUUCAACGUGGUGUACCACAAGCUGAUCAAACAAACACCAAUGGUGGUCAACAUACUACCAAUGGAUCUGUUGAAGAAGAAAUGCCUGAAAAUGCAUUAACGGCCUUUGUGGCCGCCGGGUCAGCAAGACUAUUACAAGAGGCAACAACUGAUCCAAAUGAAAUUCCUAAAUUUGAUCCUACAUUUAUUUCCCCAAAUAUAAGACGAACUGUUGAUCCUACAAAAUCGGUAAAAACAAAGAGGAGUGAUAGUCCUUCCCCAUUAGCGGUUAAUGUCAAUAACCAUAUGGUAAGUAAACCAUUGCACAAUCCACUUCAUCUGAAUAUGGGAAAAAGAAUUGGAAUGCCUCUACAACCACGACAGAAUAGGCGUCCUCAAUUGGAAGGUAGCCCUCAGCCGUUGCAUCAACAACAAUCUUCCAAUGUGAUUUACCCUCCACCUGCUAGUAUUGCUUCCAAUUCCAACCGACAACCUGAAGCUCAAUCUGCCAACAGAUAG